ACUGCACAGCCAGAUGCUGGCUGGGCAAGCACUCGCGUUCCUGGGCCUGACCUGGGGCAUUUUCCAGAGCCUGGCCAUCCCCCGGAUUACAGAAUGUGGCCUCUCCUGUUCUCAGUUGCAUAAAAUAUAAGUUGCUGAUUUCCCAGGUUUCAAAUUGUUCUGUUUCCCCCUUCUCGGAAUGUGAGCUCCCGGAGAGGGCUUUACCUGCAGGAGCCACAGGAACCGGAACAUUUUUAACAGCUUCUGCCGGCCACGCCCUGCGUCCAUGUCCAGGUCAGUCCUGGAGGCCCUGACGUCUUACACUGCCAUGCAAUGUAUCCCCUCUGACGGCUGCUCAUUGUUCCUGCGUGUACGCGCCUCCAUCACCCUGCAUGAGCACCUGCGGGGCCUGGAGGCCUGCACCAUGAGCCUGGACACCCAGGAGACGCAGUGUCAGAGCGUGUGGGUGGCCAGGGCCUCCCACCGGCAGCAGGUGGGGCAGCAGCUCCAGGUGUACUUUGGCUGCUUUGCGGUGAGCGUGGCCCAGCACCUCUAUGUCACCCUGAGGACCAUCCCUCAUUUCUGCGGGGUCCAGCUGGAUCAGAAGCACCUCGUGACCGCCAACAACGUCUCCCGGGUGGUCUCCUUGCCCUACAGCCAGGAGCUGCCGUGCCUGUGCCUGGAGGGCUGGUCUGCGACCCCUGACGCGGUGCGGAUUCAGAUCUGCCCCUUUGAAAACGACACUGAGGCACUGGAGAUGCUGUGGGACACGGUCUACUACCACCCAGGGAGCCAGACACUGAGCUGGGAGCCCACCUGCCCUGUGAGUGGCCAUGUGAGCCUGUGCUGGCGCCCGGGGCCAGGGGCCGGCUGUCGUAAGCUGCAGCGAUCCAGCCAGCUGGUGCAUCGCAGAGUGCAGUACCCACUGGUGGACACCCAACCCCAGCUCUGCCUGAAGUUCUCCACCAGUUGGGGGUCCUGGGUGCGGUGCCCUUUUGAACAGCGUCGCUUCCCAACCCCGCCCACUUCCAGGUGCACCUGUGUCACAGGAGGAAGUCACAGCUCCCUGCCUGCCAACCCGCACUCCAGGCCAGCCCGCUCCCUCCAGCCUCAGGUGACUCCGCAGCCGCCCCUGCCUUUGCCUUCCUGGACCUUCCCAGGGAGGAGGCCUGUGCCCCAGGCAUCUGCAUCCAGACAAGGGAGGCACCUGCUGGAGGAUACACGCAUGCUGCCACCAGGUGGCAGUGGCUCUCAGUGCCGGUGCUGA